AUGCGUUCUCGUCCGGAAGCAUCUGUUAAUUGUGCAAUUAAAACAACGUUUAAUCGAUGCAUUCCAGCAGGAUUUGCUUUAUUAACUUUUUUUUUUUUUUCUUUUUUGUCCAUACCUUUUCCUGUGGAGAGAGCUCCUACUCAAAGAGUUCCAAUUGCUAAAGGUCUGCUGUGCCAUGGUGGAGUGAAGAUCUCACUAUUGCUGAACUAUCCAGUGAGGGGCCUUGUUUACGAGGGAGGAACUAGUUUGAAAGACUUAUCUGAUGUAGUUUCCAAGUCUUGCAAGUGUCUUCAAGAGAACAAUAUCCCAUUUAAUGUUCUUAUUUCUGAUUCAGGCUGGAGGAUCUUUCUCUUUCCCCAGUGUUAUGCCGAAAAACAAGCCUUGGGCGAAGUGAGUGAGGAGAUCCUAGAGACUCAAGUGAACCCUACUGUGUGGGAGAUCAGUGGGCAUAUGGUGCUGAAGCGCAAGAAAGACUUCGAAGAGGCAACAGAGCAAUAUGCUUGGAGGCUAUUAGCUGAGGUCUCUCUUUCGGAGGCAAGGUUCAAAGAAGUGGAAGACUACAUCUUUGGGGCCCUUGGACUAGAGGAGUCUACGAAGGAAAAGAUCAAGCUGGAAGAGAAAAAGGAAACCUCAUUUCAGUCAUUAGCCCCUAUCGAUCGAGCUACUUGUAACCUUGCAGAAGGUUGCCUAGUCUUGCAGUGAGAAAGAUAACAUUGUAA